CUAGAUCAAGUCCAUUAAUAGCAAUAACACACACACACAUACAAACAAACACACACUUAGACAUAAAAAAAAAAUGGCUGGCGCUGACAAUAAAGCCAGACGGAGACGAUCACUAAGAAAAGUUACAAAAACCCAUUUUCUUAUAAGUAAAAAUGCUAAAUACGAAAGGAAAGAGAAACUAAAGAAAAUUUCUGAAAUUCUCAAAAAACCUGAAAAAUUAAGAACUAUAGCAGAUAAAGUUUUUGUAAGCAAAAAUCCUGAGAUAGUAAAAACUUCUGAAAAAAAUGCAAGACAGUUGAAAGCAAAAAAAGAAAGGAUGCUUGAGAUUGAGGAUGAACCAGGAUUAUUCAACUUAAAAUGUGUGCAAUUAGCAGAACUUAUCAAGUCUUCCAAAUAUAUUGUUGUCUAUACUGGUGCUGGAAUAAGUACGGCAGCUUCUAUUCCUGAUUACAGGGGGCCAAAUGGUGUCUGGACUUUACUGAAAAAAGGACAGGAUAUGUGCCCACAGGAUCUGAGUGAUGCAGAACCAACUUUAACACACAUGUCUCUGACUGGACUAUACAAGUAUGGAAAGGUGAAGCAUGUGGUUUCCCAAAAUUGUGAUGGUCUCCAUUUACGAAGUGGUUUCCCUAGAUCAGCUUUAUCUGAAGUGCAUGGAAACAUGUAUAUAGAGUGUUGCUAUUCCUGUGUUCCACACAAAGAAUACAUCCGAUUAUUUGAUGUUACUGAACGCACUUCAAUUCACCGUCACGCAACUGCAAGAGCUUGUCACGUAUGUGGAGGAAACCUGAAGGACACUAUAGUUCAUUUUGGUGAAAAAGGCAAACUUACAUCUCCUUAUAGGUGGAAAGAAGCAAUUCGAGCUGCCAAAAAGACUGAUUUGAUUAUAUGUCUUGGUUCCAGUUUGAAGGUACUUAAAAAAUAUUCAGCGCUAUGGAGUAUGGAUAAAAAGCCUAUGUACAGACCUAAACUAGUGAUUGUUAAUUUACAGUGGACUCCAAAAGACGAUGUUGCAACUUUGAAAAUAAAUGGAAAAUGUGACAAUGUGAUGUCUAAAGUUAUGGAGAUUCUCUCUUACAAAAUUCCUGUGUAUAUAAGGGAACAAGAUCCUAUAUUUAUUCAUCAUACCCCUUUGCUAGUUACUGAACUUCAAACUACAUCUAAAAAAAUUCUUAGUGUUCCAUUGCAAUUAAGAAAAAUCAAGCAACCAAGGAAGAAUGCACGUUUGAAGAUGAAGAUUGAGAAGCAAAAUUUAGAAGAUAAAUUGAAUAAUGUGGACAUUUCUCAUCAAAAAAUAGAACAGUUAACUACCUCCUUUCAAAAUAAAAAUUUUCACAUUUCAAAUGCCACUCAGAAUUAUCCAGUGAUAAGAAAUUUAUUACGAAACAGUACAACUGUUCCUAAUUCUGGAUGUUAUGUUGGAACAUCACUUAAAAAUUCUUCAUGCACACAUUUCUGUUGUAAUAACCAUUUACCACUGACUGAUCCAACUAAUAAACUACCACAUGGUCACAGAAAUCUUCAGUUAGAAGAAUUUGAUGACGUAUUUUGUAUAGAAAGAAAGGCUCAAAGUCAGCAGUCCAAUUCUGAAAUGCACAAUCUAAAUACUGAAGUAAACUUUCAUCAUGAAUUCAGUAUGACACACCUUCCAGAGGUAGUAGUAAUAGAUUUAGAAAAGAGUAGUGUGCAGUCCACCACAGACAUUAAUGAACAACAGUUUAAGAUGAUUCCUAAUGCAGAAAAUCUCAACCCAUAUGGUGCUUUAUCUCAUGAAAAUGAUAUUUUUUCUUGUGAAAAAAGUAAUGUUGAUCAUUCAUGUAAAGAAAGUAUUGACAGUUGUAUGCUUUUCAAUUGUGUAGGAAGUGAGAGUUUAUUGCCAAAGUUGACACCUAUUUUACAGAUGCCAAUUGAACAGUUAACUAUGUAUCUUGUUUCCAAUGAAAUACAAACAAAUGCUGAUGCCCACCUGACUAUAUUUUCUGACAACUUUUUAAACUUCUGUGAUAGCACCUUAUUUCAAGAUAAUAAUAUAAGUGAUGCAUUGGUAUCCAAUGAUGCUGUAAAGGAAAGAGUUCGUCUAGAUCACAGUUAUUGUCAAAAACAAUUUCAUGAUGUAAAAAAACAAAUUCAUCAACAUACAUUUGAUGAACAGGUUAUGCUAAGAAAACCUUUAAUCCUAGAUAAUUGUUUUUCCAUUCAGUCUGAACUCUUAAAUAAAGUUAGACAUGACCCAGCCAAAACAAAUUGUAUGCAGUCUGAGGAAUCAAAAAUACUUUCUAAAGAGCAUGAAAACAUUCCAGAGAGUACUGCUAAGCAUUGCGACAUCUUGAAUCAAGCUCACAUUAAGUUUAGCUCAACAUUGUGUGAUAAGGCAACAUCAUUGAGAGACUCGUUUCAUAUUAUUACUAAAGGAAGUGGGGCUUGUUUUUACCAAAACUCUUCCAAUCUAGAAUGUUCCCAAUUUAGGCCUGCACUCUGUGGAGACACUUGUAGAAGAGGUCAGUUGAAACAUUCACUGUUUCUUCAGAAAGAAAGUAAUGACAUAGUAGAAAGUCAACAUUUAACAAAUGUAAAAACAAAUUGUUUAUCUCCUUCCAUUGGUGUUGCAGAGGAAUCAAAUGGCAGCACAAGUAACAAACGAAAGCUAAGCUUUUCUUCAUUUCCAGGCUGGUAUGGCAAAGGGCUUGGCAUUAAAAGAAAAAGACGCUAAUUCCAUAAACCUGAAUGAGGAAAAUGUUUUACAAAGUCCUCCUUAUGUCAUGUCAGCCCUAGCUUUAAUACCUUUGAUUCAUAUGUGUACACAUUUACUACAUGAUAACAUUUGCUACAGAAAUCUUCAAUCUGAGAAAGAAAAUAUUUAACUAGUAGAAAUGAACAUUUUUCUUUUGACUUGAGACAGACUAAAGUGGCCAAGAGUAGGCUGCCUAUUUCUGUGAACCCAGGGAUGUUACUAAUUUAUUUCUGCUCAUUUUAACGUGUACAUAUUGUACAUUUGAGAACAUGUACACCUGGUUUCUCUAGGUGCUCCUUUGUUGCUAGUACAUUUACAUGCCAAUUACGAUAUUAAGACUAAUAAAACCAUUUCAUUUUUUUUUUUUAA